CUGCCGCCCCGCCAGCAGGGGGCGCGCUCCGGCGCGGCCCCGCGCAACUACAAUUCCCGGCAGCCCUCGCGCGCGGCGCCGCCGUGACGUCAUCGCGGCGCCGGGCCGGGAGCGGGACCGGCACCGGGAGCGGGACCGAGCCAGGCCGCCAUGACCAAGCUGGCCCAGUGGCUCUGCGGACUCGCCCUGCUGGGCUCGGCCUGGGCCGCGCUGGCCCUGGCCCCGCCGGGGCUGCAGCCGCCGGCCCCGCUCCGCCAGGCGCUGCUGCCGCUGCCCGUCUACCUGCUCGUGGCCUUCGGCUGCUACUCCCUGGCCACCGUGGGCUACCGCCUGGCCACCUUCAACGACUGCGAGGAGGCGGCGGCCGAGCUGCAGGAGCACAUCAGGGCGGCGCGGGCCGACCUGCGGCGGCGGGGGCUGCGCCUGGGAGCCCCGUGAAGGCCCUGAGGGGGGCUGUGCUGUGUGUGACCCCGGGACACGGCGGGGACGGGGGGCUCCGGGCACCGGGAGCCUCG